GCCCCCCAGGUGUAUCCAGGUGCCCCCCAGGUGUGUCCAGGUGUGUCCAGGUGCCCCCUCCCCCCCCCAAGCGGGUCAAUCCCGGUGACUCAGGGGCUGUUUUGGGGUGGGCGUGGCCCGGCCCCUCCCCCUCCCUCGGAGGCCCCGCCCCCCCGGGCGCUAUUUAAGGUGUCCCCUGGCCCAGGUGGCCCUCAGGUGGCCCUCAGGUGGCCCUCAGGUGGCCCCGCCAUGGCCCCGCCCCCGCGGCCCCUCCUCCUCCUCCUCCUGCUGCUGCUGGGAGGGACCCCAGCCGCCUCCUCCGUCCGCUGCGCCUCCGGCUCCGGGUCCCGGCUGGAGCCGCUGCCGGCGGGGGUCGAUCCCUGCAAGGACCCCCCGGGAAUUCUGAGCCCCCAGCGGGGGGGGGACACGGACACCGAUCCCGGAGAUCCCGGAGAUCCCGGAGAUCCCGGAUCCUACGGGGGCAACUCGGGAUCCUACGGGGGAUCGGGAUCCUCCGGGGGCAGACCGGGAUCCUCGGGAGGCGGAUCGGGGUCCUAUGGAAGCGGAUCAGGAUCCUAUGGAGGAUCGGGAUCCUACGGAGGCUCCGGAUCCUCCGGGGGCAGACCGGGAUCCUCAGGAGGCGGAUCGGGAUCCUCCGGGGGGGGAUCGGGAUCCUCCGGCGAUUCGGGAUCCUACGGACUCGGGUCCUACGGGGGCGGAUCGGGAUCGGGGAGACCCGAAGUGGGGAGACCGGGAUCGGGCAGACCUGGAUCGGGCAGACCUGGAUCCCAGGGGGGAAUUGGAUCCGGGUCAGGGAGACCUGGAUCCCAGGGGGGAAUUGGAUCCGGGUCAGGGAGACCUGGAUCAGGGAGACCGGGAUUGGGGAGACCUGGAUCCGGCAGACCCGGAUCAGGCAGACCCGGAUCCCAGGGGGGAAUUGGAUCGGGCAGACCUGGAUCAGGAUCAGGAUCAGGAUCAGGCAACGGAUCCCAAGCUGGAGGCGGAUCCGGAUCCUACGGGGGCCUGGAUUCCUACGGGGAUGACUCGGGAUCCUACGGAGACAACUCGGGAUCCUACGGAGACAACUCGGGAUCCUACGGACUACCCGAGUCCUACGGGGGCGGAUCGGGAUCCUACGGAGGGUCGGGAUCCUCUGGCAGACCAGGAUCCUACGGGGGCGGAUCAGGAUCCUAUGGAGGGUCAGGAUCCUACGGAGGAGGGUCAGGAUCCUAUGGGGGCAGACCAGGAUCCUCUGGGGGUGGACAGGGAUCCUAUGGAGGGUCAGGAUCCUACGGAGGAGGGUCGGGAUCCUAUGGAAGACCGGGAUCCUACGGGGGCGGAUCAGGAUCCUAUGGAGGGUCGGGAUCCUACGGGGGCGGAUCGGGAUCCUCUGGAAGACCAGGAUCCUACGGGGGUGGACAGGGAUCCUAUGGAGGAGGGUCGGGAUCCUCUGGAAGACCGGGAUCCUCUGGGGGUGGACAGGGAUCCUACGGAGGGUCAGGGUCCUAUGGAGGAGGGUCGGGAUCCUAUGGAGGGUCGGGAUCCUAUGGGGGUGGAUCAGGAUCCUAUGGAGGGCCGGGAUCCUACGGAGGAGGGUCGGGAUCCUAUGGAGGGUCGGGAUCCUAUGGGGGUGGACAGGGAUCCUACGGAGGGCCGGGAUCCUAUGGAGGGUCGGGAUCCUACGGAGGGCCGGGAUCCUCGGGGGGUGUCCAGCGCCCCGGGUACAAGAAUCCCGGGAUCCCGUUUGUGCCGGGGCUGCGGGAUCCCGCCCGGAUCGGGGGGUACAUCCCGGUCCGACGGGGCCCCUCCGGGGGGGGAUCCAACCCGGGAUCGGGGUCCGGGGCCGGAUCCACCUCCGGGACGGGAUCUUACGGAUCCAGGGAAGGAUCCAGGGAGGGAUCCAGGGAAGGAUCCGACCCCUCCGGCUGCGGGGGGUGCAGGAAAUAG